AUGGUUCAACCGCCAGACGAUGGCUGGCUGCCUGAUGUGCUCAAGGACAAACCGACCAAAGACCUGUAUCAUGUGCUUCAGACGCCAGAACUGCAAAAUGCUAUAAUUCACAAUCCCGAGACAACACAUCCAUCAUUACCUGCAUCUAUUGCGCCUCUGCAGGCGCUUCUUGCACAGAAUGUAGGGUUGGCAGAGUCACUCAAACAGCUGGAAGCACAUGUCCAGCACCAACGAGAUAGCACACAAUCGCGUUUGUUAUCACUUAAGGCUUUGGAGCGUCAGUGGAAGGCAAAGCAGGCUGAACAAGAUGAGGCACUGCGAGAGUUCAGUCCGCCAGCACUCUAUCAGAGGCUGAGUGCUUCAGUAGGCGAGCAAGAGGCGUUAUGUCGGGGACUGGAAGAAAGCUUCCUCGAAGGCGAAGGUUUCGGUGGUGGGGAUGCCGUGGCUAGCGACCGCGAAGUGACGGACUUUGUGAGGCGCUUGAGGGAGGGCCGAAAGAUCGCCUACCUGCGAGGAGAGCGCAAGGAGCGAUGGGAUGAAGGCCGUGUCGGCGGCUGGCGAUGA